AUGGAUGAGAAGGCAGUUGCACAUCGUAUCGAGAAUGCUGACGAUGCCUCGACGCUCGACAAUCGCCUCGCCCAAGCCCAACGCAUGUCCGAGGAGGAAUAUCUUGAUGCCGAGAAGAGGUUGAAGCGCAAAUUGGACAUUCGUCUCAUGGCUGCCAUCCUCGUAAUCUAUAUACUUAACUAUCUCGAUCGCAAUAACAUCGCGGCUGCCAAGGUCGCGGGCAUCGAGAAAAGCCUCCACCUGGCCGACACACAAUAUUCGUCUGCUGUCUCGCUAUUGUUUGCAGGCUAUGUCCUCAUGCAAGUCCCCUCCAACAUCUUCCUCGCCCAGGUCAGACCUUCGAUCUACCUACCCACAUGCAUGGCCAUCUGGGGGAUUAUCUCCACCUGCACAGCUGCGACGCAAAGUGCUGGUGGUCUCUACGCGGCUCGCUUCUUCCUUGGAGUCGUUGAAGCGGCCUUCUACCCGGGAUCUCUCUUCCUCCUCAGCUCAUGGUACAAACGAUCGGAACUCGGGCUACGAUGUGCUAUUCUGUACUCUGGCUCACAGAUUGGAUCUGCUUUCUCUGGCCUCAUCGCUGCCGGCAUCACGGAAGGACUGGACGGGGCUAUGGGUCUCGCUGCUUGGAGAUGGAUCUUCAUCAUCGAGGGGUCCAUCACCGUCUUCCUUUCUUUGUUCGCCUUCUUCAUCCUUCCAGACUUCCCGAGCAACACCCGUUGGUUGACCCCGCAAGAGCGAGCCGUGGCAGAAUGGCGACUAAUCAAGGAUGCUGGCCAAGUCGACGAGGAUGAAGGUAGCUGGCCCAGCGGAUUCAAAGCUGCUUUCGCCGACUGGAGACUUUACGUUUUUGCUCUGAUGUUCUUCUGCGUUCUGGUUACGACGUCGACUCAGAACUUCUUCCCGGCUGUGGUCCAGACUCUCGGCUUUGGCAGGAUUCAGACCCUCCUUCUGACCGUUCCUCCGUAUGCUGUUGGAGCUGCUGUAUGCAUUACAAACAACUUGAGUGCAGACAGAAUGCGCAACUCUUCGUUCCACAUCAUGUGGCCGCUCGCAGUCGCUAUCUGCGGCUUCGUCAUCGGCGCUGCGACUCUCAACACCGGAGCACGAUACUUUGCUAUGAUCUUGAUGAUUGCAGGAGGCCAUGGAGCCAACGCUGUUGUCGUUGCAUGGACGCAGAAGACAAUGCUUCGUCCUCGGAUCAAGCGUGCUGCGGCCGUAGCUUUCGUCAACGCUUUUGGAAACUCAGCUCAGAUCUUCCCAUCUUACAUGUACACCACCGCCGCCGCUCCACGUUACGUCCUCGCUAUGUCCGUCAACAGCGGGUUCGCUCUCGGUGGCAUCUUGCUAGCACUGUUCAUGCGGCUCGUGCUUCUCCGAGAGAACAAGCGUCUUGAAUCUGGUGCAGACGUCUCGAAUGUCAUGAGAGGACAGGUGGUCAAGGAGAUCGAAGGUAUCUCUGAAGAGGAGAGGAUUGAGAGGAGGACGGCUUUCAGGUAUAUUGCCUAA